AUGAAAGAAAAAGUUCGAAACCUUAUUUUUGGUUGCAUCUCAGUUUUGGGAGGCGUUUUAAUCCAUUUCGCCUUUGGUUUCUUCUAUAGUACUGCUAACAUUGUACCCUAUAUUAUUAGUUACAUCGUAGUACGGGUUGACCCGGAAUUGCCAAAUACAUCAUCAGUUUGGAUAUCUGGUAUUGCUUUGGCUAUGCAGGGCGUUUCUAUGCCAUUUGGUGGAUUGGUUGCCAGGAAGUGGGGCUUUCGUAUUGUUGUUGCUGUCAGUUGUUUACUUGAUAGGCAUUUUACGCAUCCUGAUAUCCUUGAUCGGGUUCCAGUUGCGUUUUUGAUUCUUGGUGGUAUUCUUCUUGCAUUACAAAUAAUUGGAUUUAUAUUAUUGCGUCCAAAACCACUUGAAAGUACACAAGAUCGAGACACAGAACUGGUUGUGCGAAAUAGAAUAAAUUCUGAUCCUAAUCCAGUUAUUGGACGUUAG